AUGUCGCCGGCCUAUCGCUCGCUCUUGCUCUCCUGCCUGCUGUUUCUCGCCUCCGCACAGGAGCCGGAUCUCUCUUCUCUCAUGGGAGGCAUGGGCGGCAUGGGCGGCAUGGGCGGCGGCGACAUGGGCGGAAUGGGCGACAUGAUGGGCGGGAUGGGCGGGAUGGGCGGGAUGGGCGGGAUGGGCGGGAUGGGCGGCGGCCCUCCUCCAAAGCCGGAGCCCCGAAUGGAGGAUGUGCCGCUGAUUCAGUGCGCCGCGUGCAAGGCGACGGUGCGUCGCGCGUUUCACGUCGCCAAGACGCUCCGCGCCGGCGGCAAGGGUGCGUCGGAGAUGUCGCUGCUCACCGCGAUCGCACCGCUCUGCGACACGAGCGCCGAGGCCGGCGAGUGGCUCCACGACUAUGAUAUGCAGGAGCAGACCGACGGGACGGUCGCGCUGAAGCGCAUGAGCUCGCAUGGCGAGUGCGGCGUCGAGUGCAUUGGACCGCGGCACCUGUGCGGCGUCGAGUGCGCGACGGCCGGCGCGGCGUGCCAGCGUGUGCUGGACGAUGUGGAUUCGGAGCUGGCGGAGAAGCUCUUUGGGGACGCCUACUCGUCGCACGACACCCUCGUCGCCGAGGUGUGCGGCUCCCCAACGGCGGGCGCCGGCCUCGCGAAGCUCUCGGGCAACUGCGGGCAGCCGCAGCCUGUUGCGCCACCAAACAGGCCUGUGGGCGAAGAGUUCCUUCGGCGGGCGAAGGAGGCGCCGCCGCCGCCGCCGGAGAAGAAGAAGGCCAAGAAGAAGAAGAAGAAGAAGAAGAAGAAGGAAACGUCGGCGGACAAGUCGGAGCUGUAA